CUGGCUGUCUCGUGUCAUGUUCUGCCUGCUUAUUCAUCAAGUUUGGCACAGCAAGUCAUUGCGGGUCGUCCUGUCUCUAUCUCUAAAUGGAUUUCAAAUAAUUUAUCGCACGAUAUCGACUGCAAGGAAGAGUUCUUGUGACAACGAUUAUAUCAGGCAAUGCGUCAUUCCUAACGAGGCUACAGCUACUUGUUUCUGUUAUUCUCGUUGGUUUCAAAUGCCAAACUGUUUAUUUCCGGGAGAGCUAUUCCACAUUUGCGACACCAAAAGAAUGAUGCUAUAAGUUCUACUCAGUCAACUCAGAAACAGUAUUGACGCCAGGUACGAAAAGACACAGUCCCUCAACUCCCAGCCUUAAAGUAAAAGCAUGGAAUCAUCAGAUGCCCAGCGGGUCCGGGAUGGCUCUCAGAAAAGGUCUGCCAUAGAUCUGAUCAUGAACCAGAUCCGAAGGAAGGCCUCAUUUGAAAGGCGACAGAGACCUGUUGGCUUCCUCUUCAGGCCUGGGGAAAACAAUGACAGGAAGAGCAAAGGCAUCCCAGAGAUGAAGGAGUCCGAUAGCUCUGAGGGGAAAAGCACAGUGUCAGGAACAGAUACAGACCCCGUGGAUAUGGAGGUCGGCUCUGUGGUGGGCUGGGGACGCGUGAAGCAGUUUGUGGAGAAGUUGGGGAAGAAACCAGACAGCCAGGCUCUCAACCUCAGUCACUGUGACCUUACAGCCACGGACAUGGUGGAGCUGGCAACUCUGUUGCCCUUCCUGACCCAGUUAGAGGUAGUAGACCUGUCUUGGAAUGACCUGGUCGGAGGCUCACUGAAGGCUUUGACCUUUCACCUGCAGCAUGUUGGGAAGUUGAGUAUUCUGAGACUGUGUGGCUGCAGGAUAACAGCCCAAGACCUUACAUCACUUGGUGAGAGCCUGGACUCUGUCCCUCUGCUGGAGAUUGUCGACCUGUCCUGGAAUGCAGGAGUCGGGGGAGAUAGCCUGCACAGCCUCACCGGCCAGCUCCGCUCUGGCUGCAUGAUCAGGGAGCUUCGCCUGGUCGACUGCCAGCUCAUUGAUGCGGAUAUGAAGGCACUGGGCCAGGCCCUUCCCUUGAUGUCAAGUCUAGAGGACUUAGAUAUUUCAUGCAAUAGGAUCACAACUGGAGGAAUGAAAGAACUGUUCUCUUGUUUGAAUGCAACUCAUGGACUGAAGACACUAAUGCUACAUAUGUGUGGCCUUGAGCAGGAUGGCCUCUGCAUCCUCGGUGAAGCACUCCAGUUCUUUCCGACCCUGGAGCACCUAGACCUUUCUGCCAACAAAGGGGCCAGUGGAGGACUUGCCAAGAUGACCAAGAACCUGGCACAGAUGACUCACUUGUCCUGUUUGGGUAUUCAUUUGUGUAGCUUGUCAGAAGAGGAUGUAAUGGCCUUGGUCCAGGUAAUACCCUCCCUCAGUGCUCUUACAGAGCUGGAUGUGUCAUCAAAUAAAAAGAUUGGAGAUGCUCUGCAGUCUCUCCUUACUGCACUUCCACUUCCCAAGAUACGCAAACUUCUUCUGAACAACUGUGGCCUGAGCACAGACUCAUAUCAAGCACUAGGCUCGGCCGUGCCGUCGCUUUCGCAGCUGGAGCGGCUGAACGUGUCGUGGAAUAAGAGCGUGGGAGGAAAUCUGGGGCUGCUGCUGGGAGGCCUGCCGAGCACAUGCAAGCUGCAGGAGCUGCGACUGAGCAGCUGUGAUCUAACCACAGAGGAUGUGCUUCACUUAGCGUCUGCCUCCAAGCAGGGGGUGCUCUCCCAGGUGAAGCAGCUCGACCUGUCAUACAAUGGGACGGUGGGCGAUGCCGGCUGGGCGGCGUUGUUUGACGAGGCUGGAGGCCUGAAGGCCUUGGAAGAGCUGGACGUCAGCCGGAGGCCGGCAUCGUACGCAGCAGCGUCCCCGUGGCUGGCUGGCCUGCUGGAGGCCCUGCCCAAGCUGCCCUCUCUCAUGCACGUGGCCCUGCAGCACUGGGUCCUACAGCAAGAGGAGAGGGACAAACUGGAUAAUGUCAUGAACAAGAGGAAACUCACAGUGGAAUGUGACAAACAGAGCUUACCACCAACCUAGUCAGAUCAACUGUGGGGGUAGAAAGAAGAUGUGAUUCUAUAAAGCGCCAUGACAAAACAAAUCAAGAAUUGUUCCAAAAUUGAAUUACUGAAUGGUACACCAAAUUGUAACUGAAAACAGUAAGCAAAGAAUAGCUCCAAGUUCAAUGAAAUAGAUGAUCGAUUAACAUUGCUGUAGCCUAUUGCUAUUUCCACCAUGGCAAUGAUGUCCUAAUCAAAAUUAGAUAGAUUUACAUAAAAGGCAUUUAUUUGGUAAAAAUGA